GUUCAAAAUUGACCCGAUUAGCGGCUCUGUAAACACGGACUUAACGAUAAAUCGCAGUUUUAUCUAUUUAUAUCUCUCUUAUCACUCCUAUGCACAGCCAUGGCAGAGAGAAACAGGACGGUGGGCGGUAACACUAUUAAGAAACGCACCGAAUAGAAAUGCAGGCCAGAUAUCUGACCGCAACCGCCGAUCUCCUCUUUCGCUCAGACCGCCUCAGCCGCUAUCCCGGCCGUCGCCGCUCCGGAGCUCCGGAUUUCCCUCGCCACAUGAAUACUACCGGACUUGCUCACGGAGUGCAGGUACAGCCAUUCCGCGGCCCUGUAUUCGCCGGCGCGGUCGACGUCUGUGUAAAUUACGGCUCGCUUUUCCGGGACACCGGCGCAACGGCGUCGACGGUUGCCGGAGCUUACGCGCUCGUCUCCGCUUUCAACGGCUUAACGCAGCGCAAUCUCAUACACCAGAACUUAAGCCGAAAGCUGGUCCAUAUACUAUCUGGUCUGCUAUUCAUGGCUUCCUGGCCUCUAUUCAGCGACUCGACAGGAGCACGCUACUUCGCUUCCGUAGUCCCCCUCUUGAACUGCUUUAGGCUGCUUGUCAAUGGCCUUCAUUUCUCUCAAGAUGAAGUGCUCAUCAAGUCUGUCACCCGAAACGGAAAGCGAGAAGAAUUGCUACGAGGCCCGUUGUUCUAUGUGUUGAUACUGAUCAUAUGUGCUCUUGUCUUCUGGCGUGAUUCACCCGUUGGAGUCGUUGCAUUAGCAAUGAUGUGUGGUGGAGAUGGCACUGCUGAUAUAAUUGGGAGAAGAUUUGGUACUGCAAAAUUUCCAUACAAUCAACAGAAAAGUUGGGCGGGCAGUAUCGCCAUGUUCGUUUUUGGGUUCUUGAUAUCCAUGGGGAUGCUAGGUUACUUCUCAGCCCUUGGAUACUUUGACAUGGAUUGGAUGCCUACAAUGGAAAGAGUAGCACUUGUUUCUUUGGUCGCAACGGUGGUGGAGUCUAUACCAACCAAUGGAAUGGUUGAUGAUAACAUAUCAGUUCCUCUAGCAAGCAUGCUAACUGCCUCUUUAUGCUUUGGUUUCUAUUAGAAUGUGUGAUUGGAGUAGUGUGUUCCUUCACGAUUUGUUUUUCAACCGAACAUGUUUUCUGGUUUCCAUUUUUAAACCUCGGUUUUAGUGUUGUAGUUAUUGUUGUUGCUGUUAUUAAUUACCGAGUAAGAACGGUUAGUAUUGUUGUAGUUGUUGCUGUUGUUGUUAUUAAUUACCGAGUAAGAACGCCCGUCCAAACAUGCUAGCUUAGGCCUUAGGGACUUCCAAAAACACCGAAUUUAUGACUUCAUAUGUGGCUAUGUCUUAGUUUAAAUCUAUUCAACUUCCAUUGUAUGUGGCCAUGUGGGGCAUUUGUUCGAAUGGGUGGACUCUUCUUUCAAAAGAAGGAUAAUUGUUUGUAUGUGAUUGUGUUUGGGGAAAACAAUGAACGCUGCUACUCUUACAGUCUUACGCCAUAUGUAGUUCAG